AUGGAUGAGGCCCCACCACCAGAAGAACGGACUCCAGAAUCCGAAGAGAAAGGUCCAAAAAUGACAAUGGACGAACGAAAGGCUAAGAUGGAGCAGCUUCGAAAGAAAUUGGCUGCGUCAUCGAAGGCGAAUCGUGCAUCUCUUAUAGAAGAAAGCACCAAACUGAAAGUGACAGCGCGUGACGCUGCCAGAUUAGAGCGGCAGCGAAAGCUGGCUGAAACGCUACGGACUAAAGCAGAGGCUGAGGAACGUGGGGAAGACGUAGAGCGCGAGAAGAACUGGGAAUGGACGAUAGAGGAGAAUGAUAAUUGGGAGAAAAAGAAAGCGAGAAAGGCAAGAAGAGCGGAUUUCGAGUUCCACGAUGAUGCCCAUGCUGCUCGACGGCGGUAUAAGAAAGAGCUGGAUCUCAUCAAACCUGACUUGGUAGCCUAUAACAAACAAAAGGAAAUUGCGAUGGGCUUGGCACCAGGGACUCUGACCUCCUUUGACCCCAAGAAUGGUUCAAUGUCAACGGCGGUCGUUCCUACGAACCUCGAACAGCAGCUUGCUCAUGAGAACCUUUACCGCGAUGCAAAUACCCUAAUGUACGGCGAUAGUAAGCCUAGCGAGGACGCCAUUGAUCGUGUGGUAUCAAAGAUUAAUAAAGACAUCGACAAGAAGAACAAGUUUUCGCGUAAGCGCCCGAACGAAGAAGAGGGAGAUAUCACCUAUAUCAAUGAGGCCAAUCGUGUAUUCAACAAAAAGAUUGCCAGAUACUACGACAAGUACACAUCAGAGAUUCGGGCGAGCUUCGAACGAGGCACAGCUCUGUAA